AUGUCUUACAACACAGGUGCGACCUUUGUGCCAGGAGGUGAUGACUCGUUCUACAUGCCCGAACUCGUCCAGCCUGCUCCUCACCGGGUCAACGACCACCCCACCAAUAUGCCACACAACGUUGCGCAGAUGGAGCAGCUUGCUCAAGGGCGGGGGUCGCCGCGGAUACAACAGACUAACGGCUGGGGACAGCAACACCAGCCACCCAGGAUAGACUCGUACCAGCCUACAGUACAAUCAUUUGCCUCUCCCACCAGCAGCAGCUACACCGAUGCUACACCUACAAGUGCUAGUGUAUACUCUCAGCCGUCUCCACAGACAUAUCAACAACAGCAACAGUACUCGACUGGUCUGCCAGAAGCUCCUAAUUUCUCUCCCUUUCCGACGCUUCGAAACCCUCCUGCGAACAUUCCCCCGACCGACGAGCAGAAAGAGGCUACACUCGAAGCGGCGCGGGAAGCAGUGCUCGCCUGCAAUGACCCAGACGUCCAAUUGACUUGGGCUGCAGAUACCCUUCAGUACGUCGACAUCUCCCAGCAAAACGAGCAACGCAUAUCCCAGAGCCAGAAUGCGCGGCCCCGAACUCCGAGGGUCGAGCGGCAACUGCGAGACGAUGCAACCAAGAUUGUCAACUUCUUAGCCGAUCAACACCACCCAAAGGCAGACUUCCUUCGAGGCACAUGGUUGGAAUUUGGCAAAUUUGGCGAACGAGUUGACAAAAAAGAAGCGUUUCAUUGCUACACUCGAUCGGCGGACAGAGGCUAUGCUAGGGCGCAUUAUCGCAUUGGCAUGCAGUUUGAGUCGUCGAAUGAUGCGCUGAAGGCGAUCAAGUACUAUCAGCGUGGAGUGGAUGCAGGAGACGCAGCCUCAUGCUACCGACUGGGAAUGAUGACCCUACUCGGCCAGCACGGGCAAUUCCAAGAUUAUGAAUACGGCAUCAGUCUCAUCUACAAAUCCGCCGAAGCUGCCGACGAAAAUGCCCCUCAAGGUGCUUAUGUCUACGGCAUGCUAAAAGCAGGAGAGCUCGGUCAAGUCAGCGUACCUGAGCGGUUCUGCCCGCGCGACACUAUCGCUGCAAAGACGAAUAUCGAGAAAGCUGCAUACCUGGGCUUUUCAAAAGCUCAGGUGCGCAUGGCAUCUGCUUAUGAGUUGGGGGAACUAGCAUGCCCGUUCGAUGCGGCUCUCUCGCUGCACUAUAAUGCUCUAGCCGCCAGACAGGGCGAGACCGAAGCGGAAAUGGCAAUCAGCAAAUGGUUCUUGUGUGGCCAAGAAGGUGUUUUUGAGAAGAACGAAGAAAUGGCUUUCACAUACGCUCAGCGAGCCGCUGUCGGUGGCCUUGGUACUGCCCAAUUCGCUAUGGGCUACUUUUAUGAAGUCGGCAUUUACGUUCAGUCCGACUAUCAGACAGCUCAGGAAUGGUACCGCAAGGCCGCGGACUCAGGUAAUCCAGAUGCCGCCGGCCGUGUAGACGCCAUCAAGCGUUCCAAGACUCUCUCUAGGAAGGACCACGAAGCCACCGCUCUGGACCGGAUUAAACAAUCUCGAGCCCAUGGCACCAACUUGGCUGCCGGUUCUCCAUCAAUCACCAUGCCCGACCCAUCACGUCUCAAUCUUAACUCCUCUGCUCCAUACCCCGAGGGGCCUGUUGGCUUGCCCAUAUCCUCUUCCAGCCCAGAUUUCCGUCCCACAUCCGCUUUUGGAGUCAAUCCCAACCUGCGGCCAUCAAGCGCCGCUCCAGCCUACCCACCCGGUCCAGGCCCUAUGUCACCUCAGGGCCGUCCACCGCCUCAGCAAUACUCAAACAAUUACCAUGGUGGCCGUGUUUCGGCGCCUCCUCAGCAGCAAUAUGUACCUAAUGGUCCAGGGCCAGGUCCCAACUUUGGCCCAGGCCCAGGUUCAGGCAGCCGCCCACCAAUGCAGCGCCCUGGCACGGGUUCCCCCUACAUGCAUCCGCAAGACCAACGUCCUUACACGAACUCACCAGCCCCCAACCUCGGCUUUACCGCUCCACUUGAGGACCGCCGUCCGAGGCCUCCUCACCCCGCUGAGGGUCCCCGCCCGCGCCCGCCGCCCGGCCAAAUGGGUCCGCCUCCUAGCUCCCAGAUGCGACCUCCUCCCGGUCAACAUGCGCGUCCCCAGCCGCCUCCACAGCAGCAGGCGACUUCAGGCUCCCAAGGAACGCAGAGGCCGCCGCAGAAACCUAGCACGCCGCAGCCGGUUCAGAAGCCGAACAAGGUUGCACCUAGCAAGGUCCCGGCCAAAGCCUCCGGAAAGGUAACGCAAGGGCAAGGGCCCAGCACUUUCGAUGAGAUGGGCAUCCCAAACAAAAAGGACAAAGGCGACUGUAUCGUAAUGUGA